AUGAGCAAAGUGUUUUUUGCUUUAUUUUCUGUUUCUCUUGUUGUCAUUCUUGCUCUUGGAAUUGUUGUUGUGUUUCUGUGGAAGAAAAUGCAGAGGUCAGUGAAAGUCGCCUUCAUCCCUUCCUAUUUCUUGUCAUGUCCAUCGUCAGAGUUCUCUGAUGUUUAAGUCUUCUCUUAAACAGUCUAUUCGUUUUCACUCGUGCUCUGUUCCCUUUAUCUUCAGCUCCAUGACAUGCCUGAUCGGCUGUACUUUGUCAUUUUAUAUCACAUUUAUACCAUCUCAACCUUGCUUUCCUUACCUCCUCGGCAAUGUUUACCACCUCACAUCUUCUGAUCUCUUCAUUCCAUAAUGUCUUUGACCAGCUCUCCUUCAUCUCUUCUUAUUACAUGUCCAUACCAUCUCAAUAUUACUUCCCUCACCUUUUCUGCAGUGUUUACCACACCACAUCUUCUAAUUUCUGCAUUCCGUAAUGAAGCUUAAUGAAGGACACUAUACCAUCUCAAUAUUGCUUCCCUCCCUUCUCUGCAAUGUCUAGCACCUCACAUGUUUUUCUGAUCUCUUCAUUCCAUAAUGUCUCCGACCAGUUUUCCUUCAUCUCUCCUUAUUACUGCCCAUACCAUCUCAACCUUGCUUCCCUCACCUUCUCUGCAAUGUCUACCACCCCACAUCUUCUUCUAAUCUCUUUAUUCCAUAAUGUCUCUGACUUUUUUAAACCGGUCAUGCGUUUUGAACAGCUUUCUCUUGGAUAACUCCUGCUGAAUUUUAAAUCCACAUAAUAUAUACUACAUUCAACUUUUUUUUAUCUUUUCUUAGAAUGAAAGACAAUAAUUUCAGAAUGAAAGGUAAUGUGAUUUUAAACUUUAAAGAAAGCGAAACUUGAAAAAUAUUAUAAAUAUGCAAAUAGAAAAAUGCAAGUUAAGAACUUUAAGCUAAAUUUGUAUGUCGCUCACAAGACAAUGAAUAAUCCACAAAACUAAUUUGUUAACGCCAUUUAUGUUACUUUUAUCUAACAAGUUCUGAAUAGGAAUGUUGAAAACAGGAGAAAGAGUCCUGCCUAUGAUCCUAUCUAAACACAAAAAACAUCGGAUAGCUUAAUUUCCUGUACAAAGACGUCAAAGUAUUCCAAGUGCUUGAUUAAUUAUAGAAAUGCAAAAUAUUGAUGGACAGAGAAGAGCAACUACAGGAGAUAAUAUCAGCGCAUAUGACGAAGUAGUGACAGAGAGUGGCAUACACAAUGACGUAAUUUAUGACGAGUCCUUCCCGUCAACGCACAACAACAACAAUGGAGGUUUGUCUGGUAAAUUUGGAAACAAAUUCAAUUUAUGCGCCAUUCACACUGGCAUAUUCAUGCAAUGUGUAGUUGACUGAUUAAAAUUAUGACUCACAUGUAAAAUCGUAUGUGAAAGAAUGGUUGCAGUUUGACUCUGCGAAACACCACAGAAUUUCUCCGGGUACUUUGGUUUCUUCCUGUACUAGAAUAUCGGGGGCAUAGGAAACAAUGUUUUAUGUGGAGAAGAGCACUUAGAGGAAAACGUUUGAAAUGACACUUAACCAGAUAUUGCAUUACUGGACCUCUAUGUGGUAUAAAUAAAGUUCGCGCGCUUAGUUUAUAGGUUUUCUCCUGUAGUAACACUGGAUCAAUAAGAGGUGAUCCUUACUGCACUUCUGGAAAGAACAGUUUAGAACUGAUAGAGCUAUUCAGUAUAAAUAAAGUUAGUUUAGGUUUCCUCCUGUAGUGACACUGGAUCAAUGAGAGAUGAUCCUUACUGAACUUCUAUCGAGAACAGCUUAGAACUGAUAGAGCUAUCCAGUAUAAAUAAACUUAGUUUAGUCUAGGUUUCAUCCUGUAGUAACACUGGAUUAAUAAGAGAUAAUCCUUACUGGACCUCUAGGAAGAAUAAUUUAGAACUGAUAGAGCUAUCCAGUAUAAAUAAAGUUAGUUUAGUUUUGGUUUCCUCCUGUAGCAACACUGGAUCAAUAAGAGAUGAUCCUUACUGGACCUCUAGGGGGAACAGUUUAGAACUGAUAGAGCUAUCCAGUAUAAAUAAAGUUAGUUUAGUUUAGGUUUCCUCCUGUAGUAACACUGGAUCAAUAAGAGAUGAUCCUUACUGGACCUAUAGGGAGAACAGUUUAUAACUGAUAGAGCUAUCCAGUAUAAAUAAAGUUAGUUUAGUUUAGGUUUCAUCCUGUAGUAACACUGGAUUAAUAAGAGAUAAUCCUUACUGGACCUAUAGGGGGAACAGUUUAGAACUGAUAGAGCUAUCCAGCAUAAAUAAAGUUAGUUUAGUUUAGGUUUCCUCUUGUAGUAACACUGGAUCAAUAAGAGAUGAUCCUUACUGGACCUAUAGGGAGAACAGUUUAUAACUGAUAGAGCUAUCCAGUAUAAAUAAAGUUAGUUUAGUUUAGGUUUCAUCCUGUAGUAACACUGGAUCAAUAAGAGAUGAUCCUUACUGGAGCUCUAGGAAGAACAGGUAAGAACUGAAAGAUGUAUCCAGUAUAAAUAACGUUUGUUUAGUAGCUAUGUAUCUUUCUUUGUACAGAUCAUAAAUACGAAGAGCCAUCGAACUAUGAGCCUCUGAGGAGAAAUCCUUUACAAGAUCAGAGCGAUGAACAUAACUAUCAAAGUCUGACAACAUCACAGAAAGGAAACUAG